AUGCUCCCUGAGAGGUUUGGCAGUCGAAACAGAAGGCCUUUUAUCACAGGACAAGAAAUCAGCCCUCGACAACUUAACCGGCAAAAAGAUUCUUUUGAAAAACCCCUAAGCCCCGGCGUCACAAUUUCAGAAAAAUCUGACCUUCUCCAAUUCACUCAAAAUGGUGCCGAACGGUUGCAAAUGCUUCCUGAGAGGUUUCGUAGUCGAAACAGAAUGCUUUUAUCACAGGACAAGAAAUCAGCCCUCGACAACUUAACCGGCAGAAAAAGAUUCUUUGGAAAAAAACCCUAA